CCUCAGUCAUUAAUUCAGAAAUAUGUGAACACUUCCUCCUCUCCAGUUACUGUAGAAGAAAGAUCAAAGCAUGCAUUGCAUAGUUUUAGAGAGAGAAACCAAUAAACUAGCCAACGCCAUGAGCAUCUUUUAGAGAGAGGGAGACAAAGAUUUUGUGUUUUGAUUUGUGAUUUUUAAGGAAAAUGGAGUGGCCAGAUGAAUACGAGAAACUUCUCUUUCGGAUGUCUACUCCAAGUGUAGUGAUUGAUAAUACAGGCUGUGCCAAUGCCACUCGGGUCAUGAUUGAUAGUGCUAGAAAACAUGGAAUUCUUCUUGAAGCAGUUCAAGUUCUCAUUGAUAUGAAUCUUUCUAUCAAGAAGGCCUACAUUUCCUCCGAUGGACGAUGGUUCAUGGACGUUUUUCAUGUGACUGAUGUAAAUGGAGAAAAAAUAACUGAUGACAGUGUCCUCAAAUGUAUUGAAAAGUCACUUGGGACAAUUCAUUAUGGAAAACAGAAAUGCAUUGAGGGACUAACUGCAAUAGAAUUAACUGGUGCUGAUAGGGUUGGCCUUUUAUCCGAGGUAUUCGCAGUUCUUUCGAAUUUCAAAUGCAAUGUGGUAGAAGCUAAUGUUUGGACACACAAUGGUCGAGUUGCAUCCUUAAUUUAUAUUAAGGAUAUCGAUUCUGGUUCAUCGACUGAGGACUCGAAUAAAGUCGACAGAAUGGAAGAGAUGUUAAGAAAUGUGCUUAAAGGGGAUAAUGAUAUUCGAAGUGCUAGAACAUUGGUUUCGAUGGCAGUUACGCAUACAGAAAGACGGCUUCAUCAGAUGAUGUCUGCUGACGGCGAUUACGAGAGGAAGCCGAUUAUCAAGACGAGUGGUGAUCGUCCGGUUGUCGAAGUACAGGAUUCUUUGGAAAAGGGUUAUUCCGUCGUACAUGUCCAGUGUAAGGAUCGGACAAAGCUAAUGUUUGAUGUUGUUUGCGCGUUGACAGACAUACAAUAUGUCGUGUUCCAUGCCACUGUGGACACAUCGGGACACAGAGCGUCAUUGGAAUUUUUCAUUAGGCACACAGAUGGAACCCCAAUUACUUCAGAAGCAGAAAAGAAACAUGUGAUUCAAUGCUUACGAGCUGCAAUUGAGAGACGGGCAUCUCAGGGUGUAAGGCUCGAGCUACGUACGGCUGAUAGGCCAGGCUUAUUGGCGGACAUAAUGCGCACCUUUCGUGAGAAUGGCAUUAAUGUGACUCGAGCUGAGAUAUUAACGACGACGAGUGAGGCACUUAACAUAUUCUAUGUAACAGAUGCAUUUGGGAAUCCGUGUGAUUCGAAGGUCAUUGAAUCCGUUCGACAUAAGAUUGGCUCGAAUGAAUUGAAAGUGAAGGAAUUGCCCUCAAUCUAUCACCGCAGGGGAGACGAGCCCACAUUGAGCGCAACGGCAUCACUCGGGAGCAUAGUGAGAAAGAAUCUAUAUAACUUGGGGUUGAUCAAUUCGCAUUCUUGAAAGAGGACACGAGUUUCUGUCGACUGACAUCAUAACAAACGUGAAGACGAUCUAGUUUUUGAACUUUUGGCAUUUGUAUUUACACUCAUUAUUGGGCCCCCCAAAACUCCCAUUACCCAGCAGACAUUUUUGUACGACUUUAGUCCUUUUCCAAG